GACGAGUGCUCGUGGAUUGACUUCCCCGCCAAGAGAGCGAGCAAUCUCAAGAGUGCGCAGAGCGGCAACCUGGGUUAGCGGGAAAUACUACUUCAAGGACGCUGCUAUCGGCUGCGCCACUCUCGUGGCCGCGUCAUCUGUCGAAGUUAUCGGCAGUCACGUGACUGUGAACAAACGUAAGAAGCGCCCGCCUGUGCGAGGCCCCGGCAUUCUCUCUCCGUCGUUGCCAUGCCUCAUCACGGACGGCCAGCUCUGCACCGAGUGUGCGACACGGUGAGCGGUGUCAACUGGCGCCCGACGCGGUUCGCCGACGAGCUGAUGCUGGCUCGUCACGCGUGCUGUGUGUGCCACGUGAUUUCGAGCACGACGGUGCUGUUGCCCUGCUUCCACGCGCUGUGCGAGCAGUGCCAGGCAGGGAGCGUCGUCGAAGAUGGGGGAAGCGCCUGCCCUCUGGACGGGGAACUGUUCUGCGAGGACGAGUUACAGAAGUUGCAGCUCCCAGAUAGAAAGAAGCCGAACCUGAAGGCUUACUGUUGGAACGAAGCACACGGAUGCGAUUUCGUCGGCCCCCUGGCGAUGCUCCUGCAACACUUCGAGAAAGAGUGCGCCUUCCACACUUCUCGGUGCCAACGCUGCAGCGAGAAUAUUCCAAACGCUAGGCUAGCAGCCCACUACAUGGGUGGGUGCUGUGCAAGCAACCUCUCAUCUGCGAUGCUCGCCGAGUCCUCGCCUCAAAGUCAACCUGCUGCCGCCACCCGUGACGUCACUCCGACUGCGCGAGGAGUCGAGGUCCCAGCAGGAAACGCGUACGAAGACGAGAUCCCGACGCUACAGAGCCAAGUGAACGAACUCACGCAGGCUACCAGAACCCAAGGCGCUCAGCUGCAAGAGUUAAACGCCACACUAGCGGUUAGCCUCCAAACUAUGAACGCCGCCGUGGUUGCAGCCGCCGAAAAAUUCUCGGAGGCAAUCGGCGCAGCUCCGCAGCAGCAUGAGCGAAUGCUCGCUUCGAGAGAGGAAGACAGUUCUCGGUCACAAGAGGCUGAGGCGACUGCAAGUGAUUCAGGUGUACUGGUGUCAUUGCAAGGCGAGGCGACGGAUAUCCUUCGCAACUUGGAAAAUCUAACUGUCCAGUCUCGGCUGUACCUCGAACGCUUACUCAGUGCGCACAAUGAUACGAUACGCAUCCCGGAAGCUCAUAUUUCAAUUAUCUCGCAAAGAAGGGGGAUGCGCACGCAUGAGGAUUCGGGCACGUGCACGUCUAGCUGUGAAAAUGUGAAUGAAAUAGUUUACUUGAUGGUCGUAUCAGAUGUCAGGGACCUUGAAGAGCACCGUAACCCUCGCGUAGUAUGUCGUUUGGGUUGUCGACGCGCAUGGUGCAGUGUGGCUUUUGGUAAAGUGCUGCGUAAUGGCGUACCACAAUGGGGGCUUAGGUUAAUUUGGAGCACGUGUUCAACUAGCAGCAGUUUACCGCAUGUCGUUUAUGUAAAAUCAGCGAAGCCGCAUCCUUGUCAUUAUGACUUCGUGCGCAGACAGGAAGAUUACGACCCACGCCAGCAAGUUUACUUCCUUCGUUAUUUUACUAGGACAAAGUUCACUGAACAUUCGCUGCAGGUUCACAUUUGCAUACACGACUGUGAGUGACGGCGCUUAACUGAUCCCGUCACGCGUCGCCGCUUUUCUCGACGUCCGGUUUACGGCCAUGAGGGCCUGUAAACCAGCUUUGAUAAGCUGGUGCAUGUUGGAGCAGGUGCGGUGGUCUCAUUUCUCGAAAGAAAAUUAUUCAUAUUCAAGACACUUCGCCGUUAUAGCCGCCAACUAUGCCGUUUUCUUUUCAAACAAUCGAAAUAAAUGUAUUCAUUAUCUUAUCCAUCCAUUAUGGAAACCCGUUGGAGUGGAGUCCAUUCACUUUUAGAGAAACGAUUUCAAGAGGCGUUCCACAGCUGUUUUCAUGCGGUGGGGAAGGCUGGCGCACUGCGGCGUGUUCAGUAUCACACGUCAGUGUUUGAACAGCUCGACUAUUUUGCGUUGACACGUACCAAAUUUGCAUAAAUAUAACGUGAGUUACAUUUUUAUUUUCUUUUUCAAACUUUAUGGCCUCUCAACACGCAUGGAGUUAUAUUAGGGUUCGUGACAGCGAUUUACCUAGUUCUUUUCUUUUUUUCUAGCGCUUCAAACUGCAAUGAGGUAAACUACCGGUCACCACCGCUAUCGCGUACGGGGCCGUGUUCAAACUGGCGCGGUCGCACAUGCCAUUUAACGGCGGAUACAUCUGUAGUGCUUCCUGUCCAAUAGCCUUAUUUACAAGGGCGACGACGCUGUUCUCGCCGAGAGUGACAAAGGCCCGAGCACUGACGAGUGAAUUCUGGACAUACUUGUCCUUCCACUCUAUUUUGCAAUGGGAUUUGACAGUAUCGAUGAAUAAAGCGCCCCUGCAGGAA